AAGGGUCUUAUGCAAAUGAGCAUAAAGGAAGCUGUCAGCUGCAUCCUGCUUCAGCCAAUAGAAGCAGAGCUCCAUCUUAGGUCUACCAGAGGCUGUAUUAAACAGAAGAUCAGCGCUGUUCCAGCAUCCUUUCUGAAAAGAGAACUGCAUCAAGGACAGAACCCAGAGAGACCUGUGAAGAUGGCAACCUUCAACACUACUCACUGGAAUGAAACUGCACCAAUCUACCAGUACCUUGGUUUUCAAGUGCAGAAGAUUUACCCUUUCCACGACAAUUGGAAUACUGCCUGCUUUGUUAUUCUGAUCAUAUUUAUAUUUACUGUAGUAUGUUUGGUGGUGUUAGCUUUCCUAUAUGAGCUGCUUGACUGUUGCUGCUGUGCAAAAAAUAAAACCAUGAAAGACUUAGAGAAUGAACCUAAUCCUGUUAGAUCUUUGCUGGAAAGCUUCAGGAAACGUGAAACGGAAGUGGUGUAGAGGUGGACCAGUGGAUCACUAGCAUCUGCGUCAAAAAGAAUAUGUUCAACAUUGUAAUAAACCUCUUGCGUUGUAAGACUGAGCAAGUCAGAUUCUGCUCAGUCUUAAAUAUCGAUAUUAGCAAUGUUUUGUUCACUGAUGGAUAGAAACAGGAACGGUUCACAGAACACUUAACAGUGAACAACCAGUCAGUGUUGUAUGAAAAUGAGCAAUUUUUUUUGUUUCUGAAUGAACUGCUGUUGAUUAGAAUUGAUGACUCAAGUAAAAUGUUAUUCAUAUGA